AUGGAUCAAGAUUUUGAUGAUGAAGAUCUUCGUUCGUUAUCUGAGCGUGUUUUACCAUUAACAUCUAUAUCAUAUGCAAAUAAAAAGAAAAAGACUAAUAAUAAUAAUAAUAAUAAUAAUACAUCUUCUCAUGAUAAUAAUCAAUCGAUAAAAUCAGAAAAAAAACUUUCAUCUAUUAAUCGAACUGUUCAUGAUACUUUACCCAAAACUGGAACUAUUGGUGAUAUAAUACAUUUAAAUAAUGGUGUAAGAAAAAAAUUUAAUGGUACAUCAUGGCGUCGUAUGUGUUCAAAACCAAAUUGUCCUUAUUAUAACCAAAAACAAGGUCUUUGUAAACCUUGUUUACUUCAAUUUGAAGAACAAAAAAUUUUAUCAACUGACGAUAAUUCGAAGAAUAAAGAUACUAUAUUAUCUGAAGAUAAUAUAUCAACGAAACAAAAUGAUCCGAAAGAAGGUGAUAUUAUAACAUUAUCCAAUGGUAUACGAAAACGAUAUGAUGGAGAACAAUAUCAACGUAUCUGUGCUGAUCCAUCUUGUGCAAAAACUGUUGAUGAUAGUGUUGAUUAUCAAAAUGGUUUAUGCUCAUAUCAUUAUGAUAAAUUACAUAGUAAAGAUUUAUCUGAAUCUGAACUUUCUACAGAUACUUCCGUGCUUUCAUCUCCAUUAUCUAAACGUCGUUGUCAAGAUUCUUCUACAGAAGUACCGGUGCUUUUUAAUGUUCAAUCUUCCAUUGCAAAAAUAUCUGAUCGUCUUUCAAUUGCAUCUAUUCCGCCAUCUGUCGAUAUUGGAAACCCAAAAAAAGGUGAUAUUAUUGAAAUGGUAAAUGGUACACGAAAAAAAUUUGAUGGUGUUAUUUGGCGUAAAAUUUGCUCAAUACCUGGUUGUUUGAUAGCUUCACAACGAAAUAAUUUAUGUCGAAAACAUGUUUCUGUAUUUGAUAAUAAAUCAAAUAAUGAAUCAAGUAUGGAACCUAGCGAAUUAAAAUUUACUUCAUCUAUGUCAACAUCAUCAAAUGACGAAAAAAGAGAAAUUCAAAAUGCAAAAAAGAAUAAUGAACCUAUGGAUAUAAAGGAUGAGCAAGAUACUGAUAAUACAUCAGAUGAUCAUAGUGAACAACAGAGCAAAUAUCAUCAAGAUAACAAUACUGAUAAUAAUACUAAUCGUAAAUUUGCCAAUAACAUUCCUUCAACCCGAAGAAAAUUUUCCACAAGUUGUUUAAAAAAAUGGUUACAACAACAUCGUAGUCAUCCAUAUCCAAGUAUUGAAGAAAAAAUUGAAUUAUCAGAACAAUCAUCUAUGACAUUUGAUCAAGUAACAAAAUGGUUUAAUAAUUCACGUGCUAUUCUUCGACGAGAUCAAAUUAAAUUACGACACUCAUCGGAUAGCGCUCAUAGUGACGAUGGUGAUGAUGAGGAGGAUAACAAUAGUGAUGAUGAAAUCAUACAGGAAAAUAAAGAAUAUUCAGAUACUAAUGAUACAAUAUCAUGCGAAGUUCAUCAUUCAAUAUCAUUAAUGAGUGAUAUCUAUAGUCGUUCAAUUGGUAUACAAUGUAAUCCAUCAACUGCAAAUCAAGUUACAUUAACAGAUACAUCUACGAUGGUUAAUGAUGAAGAUGAUUUAACAUCUGAUCGUACAAUUAAAAUUUUAACACCAUCCGAACAUGUACUAAAAUCAAUAAAUAGUAUGAAACUUAGCAAUAAUCAAGGCUUUCUAAUUGAUAAUAUUGAAACUAAAAUAGAUGGAGAUACUGGUAAUGAUCAUGAAAUCGUUGUUUCAAGUACUUGUCUUGAUGAUGAUCAACUGACACGAUUACAAGAAUUUUGCUCACAAUUUCAUAUAAAAUUAUCGAAUAUUGUUGAUAAAUAUACAACACAUUUAAUAACUGAUGAAGAAGGUGAAACACUUGUUUGUCCAUUAUCAAAAAAAGUUAUUCAAGCAAUUGCAUAUCAUCUAUAUAUUGUAACCUACCGUUGGAUUGAUGCUUGUUUAGAAACGAAGAAACUUAUCAAUGAAAAACCAUUUGAAAUACAAGGAGAUUUAACAUUAUCAUCUGAUCAUUAUGGUAUGCAACGAAGUCGUCAAAGUGUUUUGCCAUAUAAUUUACCGAAAACAUUAUUACUAGAAAAUUUUUCUAUUAUGUUAAAAUGUGAUGGUUGUCAAGGUUUAAUGAAUAAUGAUGAAUUCAUUGAAAUGAUAAAAUUAUGCGGAGCUAAAUAUACGACUGAUUCACAUUUUUCACGUUUUCAAGCAGGUCUCAAACGUGUUGUUCUUUGUGAAAAAGAAUAUUUAAUUAAUCGAAAAGAAAUCUAUGAAAAAUGUAUUCAUGCUGGUGUUUAUUUUGUAACACCUGAAUGGUUUCUCGAAUCAUUGGUUCAAUAUUGUGUUCAACCAUUUCAAGAAUAUGAAAUAACACCAUAG